AUGCGAUUCUCUCGAGUAGGCUGCCAAGCAGCCCUUCUGGCGGCUGCUGGAACCCUGGCCUCAGCUACUACCUUCAAGAACGGCACUUAUGACUACAUCGUUGUCGGUGGUGGCCCCGCUGGUAUCAUCACUGCCGAGCGCUUCGUCGAGGCCGGCAAGAGUGUUCUCCUCCUCGAACAAGGUACCGGCCCAACAGUUGCAACCGGCGCGAACGAAACCCUCUCCUGGAACGAUAACCUGACCUCAAUCGACUUGCCCGGUCUGUCUGCCGAUGUUGGCUCGCUUGAUGUGUGGGAUGAAUACCUUUGCACCGAUACUGUGGGAUAUGCUGCCUGUGUGCUUGGUGGAGGAGUAACUAUCAACUACAUGGUUUUCGUUCACCCACCAGAGCACGACUUCGACGACAACAACAACUGGCCCGAAGGAUGGAAGUGGAAGGAUCUCAAGCCUGCUGCUGAGAGACUGUACAAGCGCAACCCUGGUACCAUCUUGCCCUCGGCGGAUGGUAAGUACUAUGACCAGGGUCUUUACAAGGUCCUCUCUAAGUUCCUGAGAAAGCUUGGCUGGACAUCGGUCAACAUGAUAACCCAGCCCAACGAGAAGUAUCAGGUCUACAGUCACCCAGCAUGGAACGUUCAGGAUCAGAAGCGCGCUGGUCCCGUCCGCACCUACCUGCCCCUGGCCGAGAAGAGCAACAAAUUCACCCUGAGCCUUAACACCAAGGUCCUCCGUGUUGUGCGCUCUGGUAGCCAGAUUACUGGUGUUGAGUUGCAGACUGCUUCUGGCGAGACUGAGAUUGUGAGCGUUGCCGACAACGGCCGUGUCAUUCUCGCUGGUGGUGCCCUCGCCACUCCCCGCCUGCUCUUCAACUCCGGCAUUGGCCCCAAAAAGCAGAUCGAGACUGCGAAGAAGGCCGGUAUCACCGUGCCCCCUCAGGAGGAAUGGAUCAACCUGCCCGUCGGUGUCGGUCUCAAGGACCACCCUAUCUUCACCAUCCUGGCCAAGACCGAGGGUGACUUCGGUAUCCCUGACUACGAGAGCAUCCUGAACGGUAGCGAUACCAAGGAUAUCGACCUCUACGAAAAAGGAGAUGGUAUCCUUACCCAGGGCAAGCACCGUCUGACUUUCUUCUCCUCUAACGAGCUCAACGGCCAGACUCGCUACUACCAGGGAUCCUGUGCUCCCAACGCUGACUCUGUUCUCGAUAUCACUACUUACAUGACUCACGGUCUCACCUCGUCAGGUGUCCUAGGUAUUGAUGAGAACCAGAAGACUGUCUUCGAGCAGUCUCCUUACCUGCAGACCGCUGAUGACCGCAAGGCUGCUCGUAUGUUCAUCAAGUCGCUCGUCGAUGACUUCAACAAGCCUAACUCUGGAUUUGAGUUGGAGACCUACACCAAUGUGUCUUCCAUCAUUGCCACUCUGUCCCCUGGUAUGCACUACACUACUACUGCUAAGCUUGGUAACGAUGAUGGCCGUGACAACGGUACCUCCGUUGUGGAUAUCAACACCAAGGUUUAUGGAACUGAUAACCUAUUCAUUGUCGAUGGCAGCAUCCACCCUGACCUUCCUACCGGUAAUAUCCAGACCACCAUCAUGGUUAUCGCUGAGGCCGCUGCCGCUCGCAUUCUUGCUCAAAAAUAG